UGUAAGGAGAUCUUAAAGAUACAGUUUCGGCGUAUGGUGUCCUAUGCUGGAUUCUACUGCUUCACUGCCCUCAUUACCUAUGCUUACACAAGCAAUACCACAAGGGCUGGGAUCUCAAGAACCGACCAGUAUUAUGCUUCCUACCCUGCUGGUACUGAGCUACUAACUGACACUGCAAAGCUUUACAAGGCUGCAUUAGGUAACUGUUUCGAUAUAGACGACUGGGAUCUGAUAGAAUUCUCCAUCAUGGUGAAGCAUUUUGACCGGCAAGGGAAACCACCGUAUGCCUACCAUGCUCAAUAUCUGGCACACCUCCUCUCCCAUGGGCAGCUCGAUGGAAGCGGUUAAAUGCAGGGUGUAUUGUUCGUAUCAUCAGCGCAAUGGAAAUUUACUAGACCUUGUACAAAAUAUAUCUC